AUGGCCGCAGUUGCUACCGCCCCAAGGGCACAUGUGGAGAAUUGGGACUCCCGAUUAUUGUUGACGGAGGUGCAAAAGAAAGCCGUCACGGUGCUGCAAGAGGCUUGUGCGCAUUUGCCAAUACCAGAGGAGCUGGGGGAGAGCGACGAGGAAGUCGAUGAGGUGGAGCCGGCGAUAGAAGACACAAAGUAUUCCGUUGUAUUAGGGUUGCGGAAGCCGAUUGAAACCACGCAGCAGUUCUUUAACUGGUUCGAGAAGGUUGAGGAAGAAAUGGAACGUGGUCAAGAAGAGGGAUACAGAGGAUAUCUCGCAACGGUGUACGCCUAUCGUGACGCGUGCGAUGAGAUUUUAAAGAAGGUUGAAUCGACCGCCGAGCUGUUGGAUGGCCUACAAGUCAAUUAUGACUCUGUAGAGGACAAGACCAAAGCACUCCAAACUGCUUGCGAAAAGUUACUGGCAGAGCAAAUGCAUUUGGCGGAAAUGGCGGAGCAUCUUUCUACCAGGUUGAGCUAUUUCAAUGAGCUUGAACCCAUCGCAAAGCUGUUCGGCUCUCCAGGAGAUCAAGUCUGUCUGGACGACAAGUUCGUUCCAAUGCUUCUGCGAUUGGACGAAUGCAUUGCAUUUGUCCAAGCCAAUAUGCACUAUCGGGAUGCCGAACUUUACUUGAUGAGGUUCCGCCAAUGUAUGACAAGAGGUUUAACCCUCAUAAAAAUGCACUUCGUCAGUACGAUGCGGUUGACGGCAAACGACAUCCGAGGAAAGAUCGCCAAUAGGGGUCCAAAUGAGCCACUUACGCCCAACAUGCAACUGUCCCUCUUUUAUGUGAAAUUUCGCACUCUUGCCCCUAAUCUGAGAUUUCUUCUUGCACAACUGGAGGCCCGUUGUGAAAAUCAUCCUGAGUACUUUGCGCUCUUGGGGGAUUGUCUGUCCGCUUACUUCAAUGUACGGCAGACCCUUUUGAGUUCGUACAUUGCUAUGCACAUUCAGGCUCUUAUGGAAAGCGGUGACGUGUUGGCGAUCUCAAGAAGUGGUUGCGCUUACAUCAUGCGACUAUGUGCUGACGAAAUGGCACUCUUUCAUCAAUAUUUUCAUCUUGGCGAGGAAGAAUUCGAGGGUUACUUGGACUCUCUUUCUGCGUAUCUUUACGAUACACUGCGCCCCCUCAUUUUGCGAGAAUCCCGGAUAGACGUUCUUUCGGAGUUAUGCCAAACACUGCACAUAUACCUUGGUUCUCCCGACGUAGCUCUGGGUCAGGUGGAAACCCACGAAGAAAGAGAGACAGAAAGAGAGGAAACGAAAAAACAACCGAUCGAGUCAGUUGUGAAGUUUAUCCUGGAAGAUGCACAGCAGCGAUUAGUUUUUAGAAGUCAAACCUAUAUUCGCGAAGAAAUUGAAGGGUUCACACCUAGAGAUGAAGAACUAGCGAUCUUAGCGAGAGGAAGAGGGUUGCCGCAACCAACAGCAAUCCAAGCCGCGUACAGCGUUGCACCCGUGCUGAGCCCAACGAAACCUUCAUCUCCAGCGGUUUUAGAAGUGGAUCCUCCAUCUGACGAAGAUGACGUUGGUGGCGAGUAUGAUGAGUCAGCAAGACUUCAAGAAGAGCAGGAGCCAAGCGCAAGUGCAAUUGGUAAACUGGUAUUUGGUGGGGGAGAAUGGUAUCCAACCAUGCACCGAACGCUGUACAUUCUUGGAAAGCUCUAUCGAUGCGUCCCAAAUCCAAUAUUUGAAGAUCUCGCACAGGAAGCUGUGGAAUGCUGUCGUCGAUCACUUAUUGGAGCCGCAGAAACAAUUUCGGGAAAGCAAACCAAGCUUGAUGGACAGUUCUUUUUGAUGAAGAACUUAUUGAUGUUGCGAGAGCAUAUAACACCGUACACUGCCAACUUUGUACGAAAGGAGGAAGUCGUGGACUUUUUACACCUUCAAGACGCGGUUUCAGCUCUUUUACGGUCACGCUGGAACAUAGAGGCAUUAUCUACUAUUGGUAAAGGCCUAAUGUCUGCCGGAACGCCAGUUAUUGUGGAGAGUUAUGCGGAUGCAAAGCAGUUGGUGGACCAGGAUCUCAAACGCGUGUGCGAGGAAUUCAUUAUUGAGACCGCCAAAGCCGCCGUGGAGCCUAUUUCUGCGUUCAUGUUGAAGGUGUCUGAACUUCGAUCUCGCGCGGACAUGACCCGAGAACCACUCGUAAAGCAAGCAUUUGGCACCUCUGAGCAAGUCCUGGAGGUGUGUGACGCUUUUCGAAGGUCUCUCACUGAGCAUGUCGGCUUUGCCGUCAACAAGAUGGCCGACUACCUGGGCGAUCGAAAAACGGAAGUUGUGCUAAUUAAAGUCAUUACAAGCAAUAUUGUAGAUACUUAUCAAGCCUUUCACGACACGAUGGCGUCUGAAUAUGACUUCUCAAUUAUGAGACAAAUUCCUCCUGUAAAUGAUAUUAUUAUGAUCGUAGAUGCUGUCUGUCGGUCCCGACGAACAUCAGCAAAAACUGGAAUAGUAAGCCAAUAA